UUCAACGAAAAAAGAUAACUGGUGCAGAAUACGAGGAGCUUAUAAAAUUUCACAAGUUUCUUGAUAAAUAACAUUUGAAAAUUAACUUUAAUUGAAUUAAAUACAAUGGCAGAUUUGGAUCUAAGUGGAGGUGAUCAUAAAGUUGAUUCCGAAUUGCAGGAGUUCUUAUUAGUUGAGAAACAGAGAGCUCAAGUUAAUGCACAAAUUCACGAAUUCAAUGACAUUUGCUGGGAUAAGUGCGUUGAUAAGCCAGGAUCAAAAUUAGACAGCAGAACAGAAACAUGUCUAAAUAAUUGCGUUGAUAGAUUCAUCGAUACAUCACUUUUAAUAACAAAUCGUCUCGCUCAAUUAAUCCAAAAGCAAUCGAGUGGAUUAUCAUAAAUAAGAUUUCUGUAACAAAUUAAUGUAGAUCCAUAAAGUUGUCAUCCGAUUAAAGUAUAG